ACUCUUCUCUUUUAUUUUCUUUUUUGUUUUUUUUUUCUGUGAUUCCAUUUCUCUUCCUCUCCUUUUCUCCAUCUCCACCAAUAUGCAGUCUCUUCUCCAUCCCACGCAUCUAGAUCUUCAUCUCAAGUCCGGCCGCCGCCCACUCCAACCGAGGAAUUCGCUCUCAAAUCAUGUUCCUGCAGUCGCCAAAAUCGUCAAAUCCAAGGCGGAACGGGUGGAGAUCCCGCUAUCCGGAGAUGCCAAUAAGGAGAACGAACCGCCGAUUCACGCGACGGCGACGAGGACAGAGUCAUGUGAUUUGUCUCUGGCGGAUGAACUCAAUGCGGUUAAGAUGAAGCUUGAGAGAUUGAGAUUAGACGGUGAACGGACGGAGAAAAUGUUGAGAGAGAGGGAUAUGGUGUUGGAGAUGCAGAGGAAGGAGAUUUUGCAGAGAAGUGAGGUGCAGAGGGAUCUGGAGAUGGAGGUCGACAGGUUAUUCAGAUUGAAGGAACUCAGAUCGUACUGUAUGAGGAUUUCUCCGAUGCGAAGUCUCAGAGAGAAGGAGCGAGAGAAGAUAUUCACCGACUUACAAUUUCAGGAAUUUGAAAUCAGCGACGAAGAAGAAUCGAUUGACGAGAUUUCAUCGUCGGAUUCCUCAGAAUUCGUCAUAGGAAUUUGAAGUCGUCUCAGUUUUGUUCGCCGAUUUUGAUUUUCCCCAAUUUUUCGAUUGCCUCUUCAUCUUCUUCGGAUUUCUUCAGAAAGUGGCAUUCAUUGAUUCAAAGGUAAAAACAAAAUCAAUGUAAUACCUCAUUAUGUUGUUCUCUUCAUCAUGAUGGAAACCUUGAGUUGUAAUCAAUAUCACUCUUCAUCUCCUUCACUUCAUUUAAUGUCUGAGACCGAAGAAAUUCCAAAUCAGUGUUAGUUCAUGAUUCUC